AAAGUACUUUUUCAACAGCUCCGUUCACGCAUCCAGCGCCGGCUACCUAAUUUUCCCAAGCUCUGCUGUACGGCUGUACCUUUUUUUCUUGUACUAAUUUCUUCGCUGAAAUCAAUCUUCACAAAACCUAAUACCACCGUUCUUUUUCUCUCAAAAUCGCCGGAGUUGCUAUCGUAUACCGCCGUCCUUCUCUCUGCAAAUAUUCGCCGUCGCCGUCGCUAGUUAUCCGUGUUUCAAUCGUCAAUUUCCCCAAUUUCCAGGGGAAAAAGGGAAAGGGGGAAGACGGCUCCAACUCCAUGGACAGAAUAUCCGAGUUGCCGAAAGAGAUUUUGCAUAGAAUUCUGUAUUUCCUCUCCCAAAAAGAUGCUGUCCGAACAUCUGUCUUGUCGAAAUCAUGGCGCUACAUUUGGUGUACUCGCCCCAAUCUCGAUUUUUCACACAAGUCCUUCAAAGGUGACAAAACCAAAUUUCUAUCUGUUGUGGACAAGACCUUACAGCAUUACUGUAAUCAAAGGCUGUGCUUGGAGGAAUUUCGCCUUUGCAUGCUAGGCGAUGAUUCUGCUGAUCAGGAAUCGGUCUUGUUUUUCGAUAAAUGGAUCCCGUUACUCACAAGUAUGGGCGUAAAGGAUUUUCAGCUUUCUAUUAUUGCAGAACAAAGUGUUCGGGGAAUCAUCGAUCUGCACGUAGUCCUUAAAGCGGAAUCCCUCACGCUUUUGUGGCUGUAUAAUUGCAACUUGGGCCAGAAUAUUCCCGAGAAUAUACCCUUUGUGCGUCUACAAGAACUUCAACUUUGCAAUGUGUUGAUCAAGAAUGAGAUUGUUGACAAGAUAAUCUCGAGCUGCCCUUUGCUUACUACUAUGUUAUUCCUAGACUGUGAGGGGUUGAAAACUAUCAAGUUGGAGAAGAAGCUUCAACAAUAUCUCAAGCACUUUUAUUUUAGCAAGGCCGCGGCUAUCAAAAGAAAAGAAACCAUCAUCGAAAUCGACGCCCCAACUCUCGAAACACUCGAAACACUCAUGAUUUUCGACACUAGGAUUCAGUUUCACGGCCAUAAGUUCAGUAAUCUAAAGGAUUUAAAUCUGCAGCGGGUGGUUGCCUUUAGUAAUUCGAUCCGACAAUCUCAGCUAUGUAUUGAUGCCCCCAACAUAAAGUCCUUUCGCUAUUCGGGAUUUGUAAUCCCGUCCGUCGUUUUCACACCAACUACCAGGACGUCAAAUUUCAGACUGUUUAUUCGAGAUGUAGAUGAUGCUCAGUCGUGGUUACUCAGACUAAGUAAACUGAUCCAGUCUUCACGUAGCUCCAAACUCUUUCUUAAUAUCGGGCAACUUUCCAGGAACAAUGUGCAGAUUCAAGAAGAUAUUCUAGUACAAGACAUUAUUAAUGGUGGUAAUAAACCUGUUGUGGUGGAUCAUUUGGUUCUGAAAAUCGAUCAUUUACCUUUGUUUAUGUCUGUUUUGAAUGGUUUGUUUUGUAUUUGUCGUCCGAGAAAAAUAACUCCGAGCUGGUUCUUGCAAGAACGUAAUUGGAACAAAAGAAGGAAACUGAAGGAAGUCGGUAAGGUUUUAUGCAAGAUCCAAAAGAUGAGAAAGAGUGGAAACCAAGAAAUCUGGCAAGAUUUGGAAGAUUUAACCGUUGAAGGAUUUGACGAGAGCCGACGAAAAUGGCAGAAUUUACAGGUGACGACGAUGUUGUCAGAAUCUGCACUGCUGGACUUUGACCGUUUCCAGUUUCGAUUGCGAUGGAGUGAUCAAGAUUGUGAGUCCACUUCUAAGCUUUUAGAAUCAUAGAUGACAGAUCAUUUUUACGUUGUAUGCUGUCCUUUUCCAAUCUCAGCUAUUAUGUAUUGAUGCCCCAAGCUUAGAGUAUUUUGACUAUUCGGGCCAAGUAAAUUGCUUCAGGCUUUACGUCAGUCAAAAAUUUUUCUGACUAUUUAUCUUAGUUCCGUUGACAAUGUGCAAAUUGAAGAAGAUAUUAUAGUACACGAAACUAUUAAUGGUGAUAA